CCAACUUGAACUUUAUAUUGUUAGUGACAUAAAGCCAAUGAAUGACACUCUCCAGAAACAACAGUCAUCAAAUGGAUGAACCAUCACCCCUCCCAUAUACCAUACAGAAUCUCCACGCGGGACAACACUACAUCAGGGAUGGCACAACCAUAAUCCCAUGCCAGUCAACAACAGAUCCACUCUCCCUCCCACCGAGUCAAGAGGUCAUCAAAGUCCUAUCCAAACAGAUGGGCAGACUACUCCUGCAAUUGGACAUCGCCUGGGUGACAAAAGAAGGAUCCGGCGUGCUCCCCACAGAAGCAGAAGCAAUGCGACUCGUCUUCAACAAUACCGACGUCCCUGGUCCAGAAGUGCUCUUCGCAAGCUUCCAUCGUGUCAAUGAGAUCGCCGAUCCACAACAAUGCGAUAUACGCGACUCCAACCCCCCAGACGGUCUCAUCGGGAUGACCAUUGCCCCCGGGAUACCCAUGACAGAUGAAUGGGACACGCUCGACGACGACGCUAAAGAGUCCAUCUGUUACCAGCUAUGGGAUCUAGUCGCCAAAUUCCGCACCAUCGCCCAUCCACAAAACGACACCAACGUGCGCACCCGCAUCUAUGAGCGGUACCUGCACUUUGGAGGGCUUCGUUACAAGAACCAGCUACCCCGGAUGCUACCCCGGUCUGAGCACUCCGUCUUCACGCAUGCCGAUAUUGCGCCUCGCAAUGUGAUGGUGGAUGAAGAGAACCGCGUUACUGGGCUGUUGGACUGGGAGUGGGCGGGCUGGUACCCUGACUACUGGGAGUAUGCGCAGAUAAUGAGGCCCGCGUUUAAGGGGGAUUGGUCGGAGUGGAUGGAGAGGACGGCGCCUCAGCGAUGGGAUUUACGGGGGAUUGGUGCGGCGAGGAAGGUUUUGUUUUAA